UCCUAUCGUUGAUUUCCGUCACUUUCGACAAAACAUGGCGGCCACCGGUUUACGAAAUUGUAAGAUUAAGGCUGUGUGUUCAUAUCACAAAAAGGUAACUUACUAAAUUUCCAAUUACCCAACGCUAUGUUGUAUGAUAUUUCAUGUGUUGUGUUAUUCUCCUGAAAUAUUAGACCAUUAUGAAAACCCAAGAACCCAAGGUUCUUUGGACAAAAGCACUAAGAACGUAGGAACUGGUUUAGUGGGUGCACCAGCCUGUGGUGAUGUAAUGAAACGUCAGAUUCAGGUGGAUGAAAGUGGCAAGAUUGUAGAUGCAAAAUUCAAAAAAUUCGGAUGUGGCUCAGCAAUUGCUUCCAGUUCCCUAGCAACAGAGUGGGUGAAGGGCAAGUCGAUUGACGAAGCUCUGAAGAACAAAAACAGCCUUCCUCCAGUCAAACUUCACUGCUCUAUGCUUGUAGAAGAUGCCAUAAAAACAGCAUUGUCAGACUGCAGACUGAAGUAAAAGGGCAAAAAGGAGAAUCAUGUCAAAGCCAACAGUUAAUGUGCUGAUAAUUACUGUCCACUAUAAGAAUGUCACCCUAGUAUUUACAGCAGCAGCAGCUCCGGUCUAGCAGCAGUGCGGUACUUAAUGAAAGAUCAGUUUUAUAGUUUUAUAGCCUCUGUCUUAAAAGAUUGGCAACACUUUUUUAAAUGCAAAGAAACCAUCUGUGAAACCAGAG